AUGCUGGUACCUAAGAAAAUGGUCAGAGGAAAUUCCACCUUGGUGACUGAAUUUAUUCUCUUGGGAUUAAUGGAUCGUCCAGAGCUUCAGCCCAUCCUCUUUGUGCUAUUCCUGGUGAUCUACUUGAUCACUGUGGGGGGGAACCUUGGGAUGAUGGUGUUGAUCAGGGUGGAUUCACGCCUCCACACCCCCAUGUACUUCUUUCUUGCCAGUUUGUCCUGCUUGGAUUUGUGCUAUUCCACUAAUGUGACUCCCAAGAUGUUGGUGAACUUCUUGUCAAAGAAGAAAACCAUUUCCUAUGCUGCUUGUUUAGUCCAGUGCUAUUUUUUCAUUGCCAUGGUGAUUACUGAAUAUUAUAUGCUAGCUGUCAUGGCCUAUGAUAGGUACGUGGCCAUCUGUAACCCUUUGCUUUAUAGCAGCAAGAUGUCCAAAGCUCUCUGUGUUCGCCUGAUUGCUGGUCCAUACAUCUAUGGGUUCCUUAGUGGCCUGAUGGAAACCAUGUGGACAUACCGUUUGACCUUCUGUGGCUCCAAUGUCAUUAAUCAUUUCUACUGUGCUGACCCACCUCUCAUCCGACUCUCCUGCUCUGACACUUUCAUUAAGGAGACAUCCAUGUUUGUGGUAGCAGGAUUUAACCUCUCCAACUCCCUCCUCAUAAUCCUCAUCUCCUACAUCUUCAUAGCCAUUGCCAUCCUGAGGAUGCAUUCUGCUGAAGGCAGGCGCAAAGCUUUCUCCACCUGCGGGUCCCACCUGGUGGCAGUGACUGUGUUUUAUGGGACCCUGUUCUGCAUGUAUGUUAGACCUCCCACGGACAAGUCAGUGGAACAGUCCAAAAUCAUUGCUGUUUUCUACACUUUUGUAAGCCCUAUGUUGAACCCCAUCAUUUACAGUCUGAGGAACAAGGAUGUGAAACAAGCUUUUCAGAAAUUGAUCAGAAGAAAUGUACUUUUGAAGUAA